GCACAAUGGAUUCCAUUAUCUAUGGGUCGACCUGUAGAAGAUUGCGGAAGUAGCAGUUUGGCUCAAGAAACUAUGAUUAGGAUCGUAGCAUUGCAGGAAUUUCUUGCAGUAAUUAGUUAGAAUCAAUCCGGGGUUCACUUCAAUAACGUAUAAUGUCGGUCACAUCCGAAUUUGUGAAUUUACAGAGCAAGUGAAUCGGAUUUACUCUUAGGAUAUCGGUGUUGAGACCGAGAUUAUACAAAUUGUUUGCCUGACAGCUUGCAGUCUCCGGAUGACAGUCACAAGACAAUACGAAUUAAGAUGAAAGUAUUUGCACAACGGAUUGUGAUGUCCAAAUAAAUAACAUGUGGAUUCCAAAACUACACCACGCCUUCAGGUUUGUGUGUUUGUAAUGUUUGGACCUAAAUACACUGCGUGUUCCUUCACAAUUGGAUACUCUACUCUUGUUAGCUACCUGAUAUGACAUCCUUCUAACACCUAUGAUGGCUAUCUAACGUUAGUUGGCAGUCCGUCUACAACAAGUCUGUCACAGGCACGUUUCCAUAGCUGCCAAAUCUGCAGCGUUUUUGUCCGUAACGUUAUGUGUCAUCUACAGCUGAGGACAUUGGUUUUUGUAGCGUGGGUAUUGGGCUACAUCGCCUUUCUUCUCGCUGCUAGAAAGAUGUGGACGGGGAAAUACGUACGAAGUCCAUUUGCCCGUUCACUUUUCUUGAACAUGAACGACAGCGAAGAAGUCGAAACCCAAGAGUGGUACAGGUGCUCUCCAGAUCUUUUGGGGGAGACUGUGAGGCCCUUGUUUGUGCAGAGCCACCUGGACCAGGACACCCAGGCUUUUCUGAGACGCAGCAUAGAGAAGUCUGGUUGGAUGUUCACCCAGCUUUACCACUCUUUCAUCUCCACUGUCCUUAGCCCUCUGGUGUCACGAACCUCCAUCAACGGGUUACUAGGUCGUGGCUCUAUGUUUGUCUUUUCUAUUGAUCAGUUCCAGCAGCUGCUCCGCAUCACGCCUGAGUGGCGUGGAGAGAGACUGCUUGACCUAGGGGCUGGUGACGGGGGUGUGACUGAGGUUAUGGGAGCCCACUUUAAAGAGGUCUAUGCAACUGAGGUUUCUUCACCCAUGAAGUGGCACCUCCAGAAGAAGAAGUACAAGCUUUUAGGUAUUGAUGAGUGGCAGCAUUCUGGGUUCCAGUAUGACCUGAUCAGCUGUCUGAACCUGCUGGACCGCUGUGAGGAUCCCCUAGAUCUCCUCCGGGGCAUCCAACGCUCCCUGGUGCCUGGCACAGGAAGACUCCUUCUGGCCGCUGUUCUGCCCUUUCAACCCUGGGUGGAGAUAGGUGGAAAGUGGCAGCGCCCAAGAGAGCACAUCAAAGUGAAGGGAAAGAAGUGGGAAGAGCAAGUCACCCACCUGUCCAAUGAAGUGUUCCAGGAGGUGGGGUUUAAGGUGGAAGCAGUGACUCGGCUGCCAUACCUGUGUGAGGGAGACAUGUACAAAGAUUAUUAUGUACUAGAUGAUGCUGUUUUUGUCUUGAAACCUGUGGAGGUUUGAAGUCAGUUACUUUUGCCAUGUUGAUUUCGCCCAUCCUGUGUUUUCAGAUAAGUGUUCACCGAGUAGAGUAAAAGAAAGUUUGAACUGUUGAGAUGCUCCCUAUGACCUUUCCUAUGUAACUUUAUACAGUUGAGGGCAUAAUUUAACUGCUGGAUUUGUACUGAAUUGUUGGAGGUAAAGCCAGAUAUUUUCUUAGAGGACCUUUUGAGAGAAUUUGUCACUCUUUAAAGUCUGUUAGUGAAUCCUGGUUUGAAACUCAGGUAGCUUUACUGUUUAUCAACCUGUCAUGUGUCAUGCCAUUUUAACUCUCUGAAUUCUUAAAAAAAACACAAAAUGGACAUUCUCCAAUGGAUGUAAAACAGAGAAAUCUAUAAACAAAGGAUAGAUCUUCUAUGUCAACAUAUUGUGGAAAUUGUCAGAUUUUUGUUAAAGUAUUAUGGUGUUAUAAAUAUAGUCUUAUUCUGGGAUGAUAAACAAUUUCAACAAUAAUGCAUUGUGAAACUACACUGAUAGUACUACGUGAUACAAUUUCAAAAUGUUUAGAGUUACUGUCUAGUACAAUUGAAACCUGGAUUUAUCUGUGACAUAGCACAUAUCUCAAGUGUAUCGGUGACCAUUGAAAGUUAGCUUUUGCCUACUGACGUAAUAUAGGAUGCCCGACUAAAGUCAGGUCAAGACGUUGAUGAAAACGACGACGAACAGACGCAUGACAGUUCCUGAGACAGAUUUUGACAGUUUGUGUGAAAAUUCUUCUGUUUUGCGAAUCUGUAGUUUCAUCAGCUGGUUUGGAUGGCUGGUCUCAGAUAAUCCCGUAACUGAAGAAGCCAGAUCUAAAGGCUCUGGGCUGGUGUGAUUACAUAUUGUCCUCUGUUGUGAGGCCGGUUCGACAUACUGCCAAAUCUCUAAAUCAAUAUUGGAGGUAUGUUAGAGAAAUUUAAAUUAAAUAAUCUGGCAACAGCUCUGGUGGAUUUCUCUGCUGUCAGUAUGUCAAUUGCACAUUCCCUCAAAACUUGACUUGGCAUUGUGUUGUGUGGCAAAACUGCAUGUUUUUAAAGUGGCCUUUUAUUGUCCCCAACACAAGAUGCACCUGUGAAAUAAUAAUAAUAAUACAGUUUAAUCAGCUCAAACUUGCCUGGUGGGUGGAUUAUCUUGGCAAUGAAUGAAGAGAUUUUAUGCAAACAACUUUUUAGAGAAAUGUGCAUGUGGAACCUCUGUCAUUUCAGCUCAUGAAACAUGGGACUAACAUAAAACAGUAUGAUUUUACAUUUCUGUUCAUUGUACAGCUUUGAGUAGUUUGAUCUCAGUUGAUCCAGUCAAGCACUGAUGGAGUGCAUAUUGGUCUUAAGGUGUUUUCAUAAGUCUGAUGUUAAUCAGUGUUGUCUUCUGAACUGAACAGUAUCUUUCUUAUACAGUGAAAAACAGAAUUUAUUAUAACAAUGUGAGGCCUGGUUAGUCAUUACACCCAAACUACAGUUUUAUAGGCAGUAAGACAAGUUUAUUUUACUAAUGUGCCACUCUUUAUGUUUUACUUGAAUAAUGUCACCUCAACAAAUAAAUGUUUUAUCUGUCA